CGGGUUAGCUAAGCGUGCUUGUGCUUCAACUAGAACGCGCCCCCAUCUCGGACGAUGAGUCGGUCAGCUGUAGUGAUCAGAAAAAAACGCCUUUAGCUACUUUUGUCGACAGUUUACUUGGCGAAACCUGAUCUGGAUGUGGCUUCUUUCUUUCUCGACAACAGAUCACCGUCGGAUACGAAUUAUGCAGGCAGUCGGAAACACUCUACGAUGGUUUUUGCUGCGUAGCGUUUUGUUGUCUCGCAGCUCCAACUAUGCAGCCUUCACACGGUUAGGUAGCUUUAGCCUGUCAUGUUCAACCCAAUUGCCACCCCGUCCACCCUAGUGGUUAAACUGAAAAGAGGAAUUCUGGUAUGUCCAGUUUGGGGAAAAGCCACCCUGGGUGGUCAAACAUCAGAACCUAGUCUAAAUGGUUUGGAUGGAAAAGGAUCAAGUGCACUUUCAAACCAUCAACUUCAGGAGAGUCUGAAUGUCCUGCACGAUCUAGCCUAAUGGAUAAUUUGGAUAGUAUUUUACACGGACACGUCUCUGGACACAGUAUGGCGCACAGACCUAAAGGAACACCAUCUCCAGCGGGCCAUUUCAGCACAGCAGGUAUAUGGGGAGAAGAGGGACAACAUGGUGAUCCCUGUGCCCGAAGCAGAGAGCAACGUCGCCUACUACGACUCCCUCUACCCAGGGGACUUCAGGAUGCCAAAGCAGCUCAUUCACAUACAGCCUUUCAGUCUGGACACAGAGCAGCCAGAUUAUGACCUGGACUCUGAAGACGAGGCGUUUGUGAACAGGCUGAAGAAGAAGAUGGAGGUUGGGGCGCUGCAGUUUGAGCUGAUGAUCGACCGGCUGGAGAAAGGCAGCGGCCAGCAGCUUGUGACUCUCCAAGAAGCAAAGCUCUUACUGAAGGAAGAUGAUGAGCUGAUCAGGGAGGUGUUUGAGUACUGGAGCAGGAAGAGGAAGUCAUGUAAAGGCGGAUCCCUCACUCCAGUGGUCAAACAGGAGAAGCGUGACGGCUCCAGCACCGGUGACCCCUAUGUGGCCUUCAGGCGCAGGACGGAGAAAAUGCAAACCAGGAAGAAUCGCAAGAAUGACGAAGCAUCAUAUGAGAAGAUGCUGAAACUGAGGAGAGAUCUGAGCAGGGCCAUCACAAUUCUGGAGAUGAUAAAGAAGCGCGAGAAGAGCAAGAGAGAAUUGCUGCAUCUGACACUGGAGAUAGUGGAAAAGAGGAAUGGCCUGCCUGACUUUGGCACUGAUAUCAUGACAGAGGCACUGGCCAUGGCCAAGCCCAUUUACAAGAUUCCCAUCAUUCCCCUGCCCAGCAGCAGCCAGUACCGCCACACGGACCACGUUGAGCUCAAGGACUAUAAGAUUAAGCCGGAGAAAACAGAGGUGGUCCGCACAAAGAGGAAAUAUGAAAAAAAGCCGAAGGUCCAGCCGUUCUCCACUCCUCAGCAGUCUGGUCCCUCCCUCAUCAAUCCCAAAGACCUCAACCAGUAUGACUUUCCCAGCUCUGAUGAGGAUCCUUUCUCACAGAUGCAUUCUGGGUCAUCAGAGGCUGAAGAAGAGAAUGACCCUGAUGGACCAUUUGCCUUCAGGAGGAAAGCAGGCUGUGUUUAUCACUCUGCUCGUUUGGAUCAGAGGGGUAGCUGGCCAUGGUGUAGCGAGGCUGAGGGUGGUUCAUGUAAUCCACAGUUCCGUUACUCUCUCACCAGCCUUUCAUUGCCACGCCGCUGCCUGGGGUUGUCACGGCGACGGGUGGGACGAGGAGGCAGAGUUCUCCUGGACCGUGCUCACUCGAAUCUAGACAGCAUUUUCCACAGUCUGGAUUCCACUGCAGAAGAGUUGUCCCCUGCUGCUUCUCCACUUCGCCCAGAAAGCACCUCUUACAGUACCUCCACCAUAGCCACUUCGUCACCAGCUUCUCCUCCCUGCUCCUCCUCUUCUUCCCUGCAUCUGAGGCAGAUUCUCCGCAACAUUAAGGCCUGCCGCUGGAGACACUUUAAACCACGGACACUAACCGGCAGGAGUUUCUGCCAGGCUGUCACCGUUGCGGCAGGUACAGGCACUAAUGCAGCAAUGGGAGGAUCUGCUACAGUAACGCCUGCAGCUGUGUUCACGGCGGAACAGUACCAGGAGCAUCAGGAACAGCUGGUUCUCAUGCAGAAGCAACAGCUGGAGCAGAUCCAACAGCAGGCCAGUGAUGCCUCCAGCAGUACACAGCCUCUAGUGUCUAAGACGUUGGAUUCAGCCAGCGCUCAGUUUGCUGCCUCUGCUCUUGUCACACCUGACCAGCUGUUGACUCUGAAAGUCAAAGAGGAUGGUGUUACGGGAAGUGGAGUGAACGGCAUCCUCCAGGCCUCAGGAGUUUACAAGGGCUUACAACUCUCUGCUACACCAUCAGCUUCGAUCCUCCCAAGCUCAUCUCCAGUGAUGACCUCUCCCUCACCUAGCUUACCCCCUUCUAAUAGUAACUCGACCACAGGCUCUGUCCACAAUGCACACAACCCACUCAGUAACCAUGGUAACAGUACUGCCAACGCGGCCCCUCAGGUUCUGAUUGGGAACAGUCUGCGUCUGAGUGUGGCGACGCCCCAGAUUGCCAGCCUCAAUGCCCGCCACCUUCCCAGAAGUCUUGGCGGCGUGCCACCCGCUGCCUUAAAACUUGCAGCCGCUGCUUCGAACUGUCAGCUCCCCAAAGUCAGCACUGGGGACAAUCAUGAACAGGAAAAGCAGUCCCUCAGUAUAGCGGAAAACACAGUCGCUAUGGAGGUGACGUAGUAACCGUUGUCUGGGCGACUUUUUCCCCCGCCCAGUCCAGUCUUUUGGUGCUGUGCACCAAUCGCUUUUGGAAAUGCAAAGGGACAGCAGGUCUCCGCAGCAACUGUCAGGCCUCGACAGCUAAUCUCAUCUCUUUAUUAUAACUUUUUCUUUCUCCCCCACCCUGUUUUUUUUAAUAUAUAUUCGUUACUGUUAAUAAGAGAAAAUAAUUCCUAUGUAAAUUAUGAAUAUGGCAAAUAUUCAAUGUACAGUAACUGCCUAUUUGUAAAACUCCCUGCUCCACCCCCCAAAACCUUGUAUAUAUGUUACUUGAAAACAGAUUUGUUCACUUGUGAUGUUUUGCACUUGGGAAUUACAAAAAGAAAAAAGCAAAAGGAGAAUGGAGGAAGAAAAGAAUGCAGAGAGAAAGUGUGAGCUGUGUAGCGGAAGAAAGGGUUUAGGAAUCAUUGCAUUGUGCAUGGUGAGGAAACCUGCUGUUUUACCUAUUUAUUGUGCUGUGUUUACACUUUUUUCUUUUUCCUUUCUCCAUGAACACUGUACUCUCAUUUGUUUCCAUGUUGUAGGUGUUUGGGUAGCUAGAGUUUUUUUUUGUUUUUUUUUCCUUUGUUUUUUUUGUUUGUUUGUUUUUUGUUUUUUUGUGUCAGACCCUUCAAUCUCUAGUUCCGCUGGUUCUCUUCGCAAAUCAAAUAGAUGCUACAGAACUUCUGAUUUUGUUUUCCCCAGUUAUUCCUUUUUGUUUUUUUUCUUGUUUGUUUGUUUUGGUGGGAGCGGGGGAGUAUGUGGUUUUUGGGUCACUCAAAGGCUUUGGGAAUGGUGGGUGAAGAGGAGUGUGUGGAAAUCUUCCAUUUAACUAAUCAUCCCAAAACAAGUGACAGACAAGUCAUGAAGUCUUCACUCGGGAGCAUCUGUGGCUUCCAUCUCAACUAAGCACUGUUUAUUUUUGUUUAUUUUUUGGUUUGUUUUUUGUUUUGUUGACUUAAGUAAUGAUUAUCGCUGCUUUUGUAUAAUUUCAGUUCCUUUUCAUACUAUGAAAUGUUUUGCCUCCCAUUGUAGUUUUUUGUACAACAAAGACAAUUAUUUUUGUAUCUUGUUUUGUUGGUUUUUGUUUUCAGUUCUUGUGGUGAAGCGAAUUUGCGCUUCGCGUAAUGGAAGACUUUGUUUUUUGGUCGUCAGUGUAACGUUCUCUGAUAAGUGAAUGCUGAUGACUGUCCAUUAUUGCUGUGACCGUGUCGUAAUUUCAGCUUCGAGACACGCAAGAGAGAAGGAACAGGAGUCGUCACCUGGCUCCAGUCUCAAUCUCUGUCUCUUACCACGUCAUCUGACAGACUCCAGACUUUUUCAAGGCCUAAAACCACAAGUUAAAAGGUGUGCCUUCCUUUGGGAAUAAACUGCUUCGUCUCUUCUAUGAAGAGGAUGGCUCUCGGGCAAGGCUGCAGUAGUGCGGUCCUGGCUUGUCCGGAGCCCAGGUCUCCGAUGCCCAGUCCACUGGCUGAACUGAACACCCUCCAGGGCUCUAGUCCAACCUGGUGGCAGACAAAGAAUUAAAAUAUUGAAAAUUUAAAAAAGAUAAAAUAUUAUUGAAAAUGAGUGGGGGGAAAAAAAAAAGAUGUCACCCAUAGAAAUCUGACAAUAAAGCCCAGGUUAUUAAGUGA